GGAAGUUGGAUGCGAUCUGACAACCCAAUCCCAAAGGAGAAGAAGAGGAAGACAUUUAAAAUUACACACACCCCUUAAAACUAAACAGCUGAAACAGGUUAACCCUGAUGAUUGUACGUCAGUUCACCAGCAGAGGCGUCACCUCUCAUCUGUGUGCCCGAUUUAACGAGACCCAGAACAGACAGGUCAUGGCCAGACCCAGCUCAGACCUAGCAGCGUUCCGAGAGGUGUUCUCGAAAGCCAAACACGUCGCCAUCUUGACGGGAUCAGGGGUUAGUGCUGAGAGUGGGRUCCCAACCUUCAGAGGAGAAGGAGGCUUCUGGAGGAAAUGGCAAGCCCAGGACCUGGCCAACCCUGGUGCGUUCAGUCAGAACCCGUCCAGGGUAUGGGAGUUCUACCACUACCGCAGGGAGGUGAUGCUGACGAAGAGCCCCAACUCGGCUCAUGUGGCCAUAGCAGAGUGUGAGGCCAGGCUGCAGAAACAGGGGCGCCGUGUCACCGUCAUCACACAGAACAUCGAUGAGCUACAUCGCCGAGCCGGAUCCACCAACGUCUUGGAGAUACACGGCAGUUUGUUUAAAACCCGCUGUAUGAGCUGUGGUCAUGUUGGCGUGAACCACAAGAGCCCCAUCUGUGCUGCCCUGGAGGGCAAAGGUGCUCCAGACCCCAACACCAGUGAUGCUCAGAUCCCUCCUCAUGACUUACCCAGGUGUGAGSAUGGUGGCUGUAGUGGUCUGCUCAGACCUAAUGUGGUCUGGUUCGGGGAGACUCUGGACUCAGACAUCCUGACUCGCGUUGAAGAGGAACUAGACCUCUGUGACCUCUGCCUAGUGGUAGGUACGUCCUCCAUAGUGUACCCAGCAGCCAUGUUUGCUCCCCAGGUGGCGGCUAGAGGAAUACCUGUAGCUGAAUUUAACAUGGAGGAAACACCCGCCACCAUGCGCUUCAGGUUCCACUUCCAGGGCCCCUGUGGGACCACCCUGCCCCCUGCACUGGCACGCCACAACAAUGAGCCCUGACUUCCCCUGGCUGAGCCAUAGUGCAGUCUACACAGACCAGACUCUAGUGCUGGAUGGGUGUGCUCAGGGGUGUAUUCAUUAGGGCAAAACAUUUAGCAACAGUUAACGUUUUGCAACAAAAACGAGCGCUUCUUAUUGGACAAUUUCAGGUUCGUCGCUCUUCGUUUCAGCCAUCUGCUUCUGUUUGGUUCCUAAAGAAUACACCCCAGUUUUGUGAAUGUAAUGUAUGCUAUAGAAAACACACUGUGCUGACAAUACCCCACACUCCCUAGGCUUCCACUCUGGAUUUGUGUUAUUGCAUGAAAUGACAACCAUGUUUUAAAAAAUAAAUCACAAUUAUGACAUGUAGUCYGGUAUCUCAAGCACAAUGAUUCCUUUUCCCUUUGCAUAGGCAUCUUCAUCCAAUAUCAAUGCAUUAUAUCAUGGUGGUCGUUGUCAGAUGGUACUUUUAUCAUAUGUAUAGAUUAUAUAUAAAAUGUGGGAGGUUCAUAUCCGACCAUAGAUGAAUUGCAAAUGCUUUUUUAAAUCAGGUCUGUGCGCUGGCAGUAGAGGGCAGUGUUUAGCUAUUUGUUAUUGUCUUUGUCUACAGAUUCACUCCUACCUGCUGCAUCUUAUUGCCUGUUCAUUGUAAAAGAGAAUGUGUUCUCAAUAACCUACCUGAUAAUACAUGAACUCUUAUGGUCA